AUGUCGACGUGUACUAUAAAAUUAAUACCUACUAUACAUAAGAAAAAUAUGUUAUUAGUUAAUGAAUAUGAAUUUAUGUUUAAUAAAAAUAAUUUUCGUAAACGAGAUAAAGAAAAUGUGUACUAUUGGAUCUGUGUCAAAAAGUGUGGUGCUACAUUUCGAACAAUUAUUAAAAACAAUGAACAUAUUAAAGAUGAAUCGUGUACAUUAAUGGAUCAUUCACAUGCACCAAAUCCUAUACAAAAUGAAUGUAAAAUAAUUAAAAAUAAAAUCAAAACUGCUGCAUUGCAAUCUCAAGAUAAUCCACACAAAAUUUACCAGGAGCAAAUAAUUGGAGUUCCUUCUGUCGUCUCUUCACAAAUUUGCAAAAAUGCAUCAAAACAACUUAUUAAAAGACAGAGAAAAGGUAAAUUAAUUGAACCAUCUUGUGUUGAACAUUUUAACCCUCCUAUUGAAUUAAAAAAAACAAUUUCUGGUCAAGAAUUUUUAAUCAAGGACAUUUACGAUGACAACAAUAGAAUUAUUAUUUUUACAACAUUUCAAAAUUGUUUGUAUUUAAGAGAAUCAGAGUUUUGGCUUGCAGAUGGAACAUAUAAGUCUUGUCCUAGUUUCUUUAAGCAAUUGUACACAAUUCAUGGAUCUAUUAAGAGAGGAAACGACCAGAUAUGUUUACCAUUAGUAUUUGCCCUUAUGACAAAUCAAACUGAAAAUUCGUAUAAACUAAUGUUUACAGCACUUAAUUAUUUUGCUAUUGAACAUCGUAUUAAUUUUAAAGAUAAUACGGAUCUUGAAAUUAUUACUGAUUUUGAAAUUGCUGCUAUUAAUGCCAUCAAUGAUAUUUUUCCAUUUGCAAUGCAUUCUACGUGUUUUUUUUCACUUUUCGCAAAAUAUUUAUCGUCACAUACAAAAGGAAGGAUUAACGACCAAGUCAAUGAAAGUUGGAAACUGCUUAAAACUGAAUUUUCGAAUGAUGAAAGGGAACAAAAAUUAAUAGAUUACUUCGAAACAACAUAUGUUAUUGGUAAAUCAGUGAGACUCCGCGGGCGAAAUCCACAAGUAAAACCCCCGUUAUAUCCACCAGAAAUAUGUCGUUUAAAUAGGUUGAUAUCGAAACAUCCAGGUGCUUAUAAAUUCAUAACACUUCUUCAAAAAAUGCAGAACGAGAACGAAAGCUUAAUUGAACAAUUUAUUCAAGGCAGAAUUGCAAAAAAAAUAAAGGUAUCCCGACAACAACAUGAAGAUAGAAUUAAAAAUUUAGUUUUAAGAUUUAAAAAUAGUAAUCAAAAUAACAUUGAGUUUUUAAGAGGCAUUGCGUACAAUUUAAACUUUUAA